CGUGUCAGAUCUCACAAACACGUCUGCAUACUACUUACUUGUUGUAGAGAAGCUCCAUCAUUUCUACGUGAAGAACUACAACAGAUGGCUAAGCACUGAGCACAGAGAAGACAACUUCGAGUCAUUCGCCGAGUGGCUGACAGAUGAAGCGCUAUUCGAGAAAAGAGCAAAGCAAAUGACACAAACCACGAGCAGCAUGCCAAACACUCGACAUCAGCAAAGGAAGACAUUCCGAGUGAAGACCCAGAAUCAACAUCAGCCAGCAGUGCGGCAGUCCUUCAGUCCGCCGUCAGAUACAAACUGCAUGGUUUGUCAAGCUGAUCACGCCUUGGAGAGCUGUGCUGUUUUUCAGAGCUGGACAGUGGGCAAAAGAUACGAGUUCUGUAAGCAGACAAGAAUCUGUUUUAGAUGUCUCGCCGGACAACAUCGUGGAAUAAGAUGCCACCGGUUUCCUGGAUGUCAGUUAGAGGGGUGUGGAGGAAGCCACCACACCUUACUGCAUGCCAGUCUGCGACAAGAUAAGCAACUGGAACAGAGAGGACGGCUGAAAGAGCAGCACCGACAGACGGAGAACACAAGUCAGAACCGUCAGACUACGAGCCAUCUACCUCAGCAAGGUCAACUAGAACAGAGCGGACAGUUGAGCUGGUCACAAUACCGCCAAGAAGGAGCUCACAGCAGUGGAUGUCAGCCAUCGCGCAACACGCCAAACACCACCAGCAGUAGCAGUAGCGGGAACACACAAAGCUCCGGAAUAAGCUACAAUACGGCAGCCUCCAGAUCACCACCAGGAAAAGGAGCGACCGCAUUCACCCCACCAGGAGCUCCCCACUUCAACGGCGCGUGCGAGGCAAUGAUCAAGUGCGCCAAGCGGGCUCUGAAAAGAACACUCGAGAGGGCCGAUCUUACCGAUGAGGAGCUUCAAACUGCCUUCUGCCGAGCCGAGGCACUGCUGAACACCAGACCAAUCACAGUCGUCUCAGCUGACGCCAACGAUGAGAAGCCACUGACGCCAGCAGACUUCAUCUUGGGGACGGCUAGCAUCGAGACCUCACCGGCAUCACAGGAUGACGCUACAACUCUUCGGCAGCGCUGGAAACGGCUCCAGCAACUAUCCAUAGAGUUUUGGAAGCGUUGGCUUCGAGAAUAUGUACCAGCUCUCCAGGCGAAGUCAAAGUGGUUGAAGCCUCAGACCGACUUGAAAUCAGGCGAUUUGGUCCUGGUGAUCGACGCAAAUACCCCGAGGAGUCAGUGGCCACUGGGGCGAAUCGAGGAAGUGUUACCGGGGAAAGAUGGCCACGUGCGUGUGGCUACAGUGAAACUGCACAAUAAGGUCGUGACGAGACCAGUCGUGAAGCUGAUUCACAUCGAUGUGCUCCAGUGAAGUAGUAGCCAGUAGUCAAAGUAGUGGAAAUGUGAAAGUGAUACCUCUAUGUAGAAUUGGUUGAAUUCGUGUCAAUUCAAAGUCGAGGGGGGUGUUACAGAGGUUCUUUUAUCACACAUGUCGCGUGCACAUAUGUUUUGUGAUGAUUAUCGUAUUGAGGUCG